UUAGAUGAUGUUUCUGCGAAACAUCCUUCCCCAUCUUGCUGCCGUGCUGGUCCCAUAAAAUUCAUUCACAUCUAUUAUCCCACCUCAAGAACAGAGACCUAUCUCCAAAUCUGUUGAAAGGAACUUCCCUCUAUACUUCUUCGACUACUAUCUGUACGUACAUGUAUGUCUAGUAUUUAUGUUAAGAAAAUAUUUGGGUAAUUUGGUGGGUUCAAAUUUUGGAUCAGUUAAAAGCAAGAAUCUUUGUUGACAUCAGAAAGUUGCAGUGAUACUAUGGUCAAGCAUUGUAUGUCAUUACAUUGAGGGAAAUUGCCUGGGUUAGACGAUAUGGUAUCUAUCGAGGAAAAGGUCGACCUUGAAUCUGAUGAGGAGACACCAUUGAACUCAACUCAGCCAACAAACAAAAGGCAAUCUUUCAAUUUUGAGGCAAAUCAUGUCAUUUCUCCCUCGAAAGUUUCCUCUUCAUCUGUCCUUAGAAAGAUACAGCGGAUCAGUCUGCUUAGGAGUAUUUAUGUUGUUUUAUUCAAAGCAAAGAUAAACGUUUUGCUUCCAUUUGGGCCGAUUGCAAUAACGCUGCACUAUCUUAGCAAGAAACAUGGGUUUGUCUUCUUCUUCAGCUUAGUGGGUAUUACGCCCUUGGCGGAGCGUCUGGGUUAUGCGACUGAACAGCUUGCAUUCUAUACGGGACCUACAGUUGGAGGCCUUCUAAACGCAACCUUUGGCAACGCUACGGAGAUGAUAAUUUCGAUAUAUGCGUUGAAGAAUGGUAUGAUGAGGGUCGUUCAGCAGUCAUUACUGGGUUCCAUCUUGUCCAAUAUGCUGUUGGUGCUUGGAUGUGCCUUCUUCUGUGGUGGGGUGGUUCAUAAACAUAAAGUACAGAAUUUUAAUAAGGCAGCUGCUCUGGUGAACUCAGGAUUGCUAUUAAUGGCCGUCAUGGGUUUAUUAUUUCCAGCAGUUCUGCACUUUACUCAUACAGAAGUGCAUAAAGGCAAGUCAGAGCUAGCUCUUUCACGAUUUAGCAGCUGCAUAAUGCUGAUUGCAUAUGCAAGCUAUCUUUUCUUUCAGCUCAAGAGUCAAACAAAUCUUUAUAGUUCUGUUGAUGAGCCGAGGGAGAAUAAUGAAGAAGAUUCUGUAGAAGAUGAGGCCCCUGAGAUUACCCAGUGGGAAGCAAUUGGGUGGCUUGCUAUGCUGACACUGUCCAUAUCAGUUUUGUCUGGGUAUCUAGUUGAUGCCAUACAGGUUAUAUACUACAUUCUCUCCCAAACUUCCGCCCGCCAAAAAAAAAAAAGGAUGAACGAUGAGACAAAAAAAGACUAGUACUGUCACAAUGCAUUAAAGCAUAAACUCUUUUGCUAACCUUAAUGAAAUAUCAUAUAACUUUGUAGCUGACCUAAUGAUUUUUUACCCGUGUUACUUAUGCAAUAUCGAUAAAAGUAAUAAUGACAGCAAGUUUUUCUUUAAUAAAUUAAGACAUGAGUUUGAGCUACGCCUUUGUCAUAUUUCUGCUCUACUAUUUGUAGACGUAAAAAUGUUGUUAAAAUAUGCAUUAGACUGGUAAGGUAGUCUUUGGAUCAUUAUAUUGAACAAUUAUGAGGUUUUCCUAGGUUUUAUUAGCCUAUGCCCAUGUAAUAGUACCUAGAGAAGAGAGAGGGGAGAGUGGAUGAGGAGGUUCAGAUUGGAGAUCUUUGCAGCACAGCCCUCAUUCCCUUGGUACAAAAGCCUUGAUUUGUCUCCAUCUUCAAUUAACUACUUAGAAGC